UUGACUGGCUGGUUGCCAUGGCCGGUUGCCAUGGAGUCCCUCAAAGCCGGAAGUGUGUGUAUCAAAGGGAGAGAGCGGCUCUGCAGCGAGGAGGGAGGCCAUGUCUGAAGGCCCCAGCGAGACCGCCUCGGAGCCCGGGCCCCAGAGGGAAAAGGCAGAGGAGAGUCUUUCUUCGCUUAGCUAUGAGUCGGACACCAAACUGAAAUUGAAGAAGAAACCAGCUCGCAUGUCACCCAUAUCACCAAAAUCUCCAUAUCUCUCUACAUGGGCUGGAUUUUCAAGAUCAUUUAAAGGCAGAGAGAGAAAGAAAAGUGAAAUCCCUUCGGUCAAGUCAUCAGGGCAGCUGUGGCGUGGAACACUCAGACAAGGUACCAGAGCAGGCGAGAAAAACCCAGACCUUCCCCUUGGUGCUGCGCUGUCCGCUCUCCCUGGCAGCACUCCAGAAUAUCUGAAGGAAGCAUUGGGCAUGAAGAAGCCAAACCAUGCUCGCUUCUCCAGCAGUGGCUAUAUCCCUGGAACGCCAGACUACAAAGAAAAGGAAGAUAUGUAUGAUGAAAUUAUUGAAUUAAAGAAGACUAUACAAACCCAGAAAAAUGAAACAGAUCGGAUGAAAACAAAGCUUCGGCGAUUGGAGGAGGAAAGCAGCCGAAAGGACAAGCAAAUUGAACAGCUGCUGGAUCCUUGCAGAGGAUCGGAUUUUGCAUGUCUACGGCCAGAGCUGAGGACUGAUUCCAAUUUGGUCGUCGGUGGAUUGAAGCGAAAGAUUCUCAAACUGGAACAGCAAUGCAAAGAGAAAGACAACACUAUUCAAAAACUCCAGACAGACGUGAAGACCACGAAUGUGGAAGAAAUGAAAAUUGCCUUGAAGAAUUACUAUGAGGAGAGCCAUCGACUCCAGAUCCUGCUGGCAAAAUCAAAGGCUGUGCAACGAAACUCUCCUGAGCGCUCACAGCAGAAGGUGCUCAACGCCACGAUCCUCCAGUUUUCCAGGAGCAUCAGAGAGUUGCAAGAAGAGAAUCGGAAACUGAAAGAAGAUUUGGAUCGCAUAUUGUGCAGCUCUCCUGCCCCCAGUAAAACCAAAAAUUACACUGAAUGGAGCAAACAGAGGCUGAUUCGACAGAUUGCAAAGCUGGAGAAAAAAAUAGAUGGUCUGGAGAAUGACAGGCGACAGCUUUCACAAGUCAGUGCUUCACGUGUGCUUACCCCAUCAGAUUCUGCACACUCGGAUCCGUCUUUUGCUGAUCCUCCAGAGGACUUUGAGCAUCUACACCAGAUAAUAAAGAAAUUGAAAAGUCAAAGGGUUGUCCUUCAGGAUCAGCUGGCUCUUAAAGAGAAAGAAAUACAGCAGUUGAGAGAGAAAGUGAGAGAACUGGAGAAAAACGAAGAAAUACAUUCUAGACAGACUGGGAUGGAUGCCACAGAGCCGCCUGACCAGCAGUCACACUCAGUUUCUAUGCUACGUUUAAAGAAAAUAAACUUUGUGUUUUCAUCUCCUUGCUCUGCGGAACGUCAGAAGGAAGAGCAAGCGGCUCAAGUCAUCCAGAGGCAAUGGAAGGCCUAUAAAGCCAAGACUGCAGAUUCAUCCUGUGGGUCCAGCCCAUCACAAAUAACUGCUGAUUACAGCAUUGGAGAAGAUGAUGUGAGGCUGAUUCAGUCAGUUUUCCGGGCUCACAUCUCAAGGAUGCAACAUCAAGAAAGGUCACUGGUCUCUAGCCUCGAGAGUCUGAAAGCAAACCCAGUUGCCUUCACUGGAGAAGAAAAGCCAACCUGGUCUCCAUUCAGACAUCCCCCUCUUGCCUUCGCUUUAGUGCCAACCACAUCUUCCUCACCUCCUCCUUCACCACUUGUGGAUGAAAUCCACUCGGACGACUCAGAUGACAUUAUCACAGUGUCUCCGUUGCCGGUGAAGAAAACAUCUCUUGAUUUCCACAGCUAUCUGCCACCUUCUCCCGGCCUGAGCUAGGAGCCAAGCUUUGUUGUCUCUGCUUGGCUGGAUGGAACUGAACAGCACAUUAUGGAGAGAGCUGGAGAUGAUACACAUUGGGUUACUGUGAGUGUUCUGGCUGUAUGGCCAUGUUCCAGAAGCAUUCUCUCCUGAUGUUUUGCCCACAUCUAUGGCAGGCAUCCUCAGAGGUUUUGAGGUUUGUUGGAAACUAGUCACGUGGGGUUUAUACAUCUGCCUAGACUCCAACAGACUGCACAACCUCUGAGGAUGCCUGCCAUAGAUGUGGACGAAACGCGAGGACAGAAUGCUUCUGGAAUAUGGCCAUACAGCCUUUGACAACACAAUUAUACACAUUUCCUGGGAAGUUUUGAUUCGAAGGGUCAUCCAUCGCAAAUCUAUUCCCCCACGAUUCUCCUGCAUUGAUAAAUCCUACCUCUGCUGCUGCUUCCACCUCUGGGACCAGCUCAGGCUGAUCAAGUUUUCACGGCAGGGCUUCUAAGGUGACAAAAAACAGACCAAAGGCCAAUCAAAGCCAGGAUUCUGAUCCCAGUACAGCCAGUUAGAUGCCCAUAAGGACGGCCUGAGCCACUAACAUACUCCUGCUGGGGUUAAUAGUAAUAGAGGCAUUUUGCCUCUCAUGUUACAGAUAAUAUAUAUUGUGUCAUGAUGGUGGAGCUAUUGAUAGACAGAUUCACAAAGGAUAGGACUGAGCCUUGUGGCACAGAGAGAGCGGGGGGGGGGGGGGAGAUAUUCCAGUUUUUUUACCAUUCAGGUUUUGUAAUCCCAUCAGCUUUGAUGCCAUAAAAGUCCAUGUUCUAGCAGAAAGUAUAAAAAACACAGCCAGCUCCUGGGCUUCACAGGGCUCUUGUUCUAACAGCAACCAGAGCCAAAGGCUUCAAAGGCUUCAGAGCAGAAGGAGAGCUCUGGGAAGAGGCAGGCAAUUUGCUACGAGCUGUAAAGGAGUUGGGGGCCACAUUCAACUGAUGGCUUUUCCGCAGAACGAGCCCCCCUAACUACUUAAUCUCCCAGCAAUUCCAUCAAACUUUCUCGUUCUUUCUUUUACUGCAAACCAUUUAUAUAUUAAAAUCUGUAAUGAAUAGACCAUC